CUCGACAGGCACGCGACCGACCUCUCACAACAAGUCGGUAAGCACUUGCACCUGGCUCUCGUCAACCGUCACGCUCAGGCGGGAGACAUUCUUUGCGGCGAUGAGCGAGGGAAGCUCGUUGCAUGGAGGCACGCGUCUAGGGCAUCUAUAAUCAACGAGAUCAACGUCUAACCUACACUGGAAAGUUGACGUCUAGUCGAUUUGGAAAGACUCCAAGCAACUAUCUAGCUAGAGGACAUUUGUGUGGAUCAUCUAGACCACGCCUCUAAAGAUCUGACAGGGAAGCUCCAGCUGGUAUCUAUCAUCUCACGGUACAACGGCAGGUCGUGCAUUGUCUCCACUCUCGAUCUCCAUGGACGAAGUCGACGAAGAUUUUGUUCGGAAGGGAGUCGAAGAGGGUAAUAGUCAUACUGUCAUCAGUGAAGAAUUACAGACGAUGUUUCCAGGACUUCGGGGACUCCGCGAACGAUCUGUUCGACGUUUCUGUACAGACAGAGGCAUAAGUCGACGUUGUUCUCUGACUAAAGAGGAACUAGAACGCUGCGUGUCUGACGCCGUAAGCGAGGUCGGACCGUCUUGCAUCUUCAGAUUGUCAAAAAGCAAGAAGAAGGCAACGGCUACACAAUGCAAGUCAAAGUCUAAGAUUUCUUGUACUUGCAGGCGGUCACCAGUAAAUUUUUGAUUUUUUUCUUUGACUUUUACAAAAUAAUAUCACUAUACAUAUUUUAACUGCUAAUACGGUCUUGUUUCAAUAGCAUUUUACGUCAAUAUUGUAACAUGGUGGCACCUAAAUAUUAUAUACUCAUGAUCAGUUAUAACUCUUGAUCACAGAAUGUCAUGGCUCUAGUUUGUCUUCUUUAGUCUUUUAACUUUUCUCUGUAAUGAAAGCUUGCAUAUAUUAAUCUCAUUGCAUAUCUUUUGGGAACGACUGUCUAUUAUUUAUAUCAAUAUGUUCAUUAUGUUAGGAACUGCAGAGAAGAUCUUCAGCUCUAGAGAUGUCCACAACUUUGAACGACGAACAAAAGAAGACGUACGCUAGUGCCACGAAACUGGAAUUGAUGUCGUCAGAAGUCUCUGAAAAUAGCAGUGAUAACGAGCCACCCUCUGAGGGUGCCUCCACUGCUGGACGUUCACAACUCCUGAUCCCACCUCUUCCGUGGAGAGCCAUUGAAGCAACAAAGGUGUUUGAGUUUUUGGACAGAAAGUACGCCAGAAGGCAGACUCAGAGAGGAACGGUACCAAGAGUAAACGGAUCGAGCUCCAUCUACCGGAACACGUCCGGGAAUGACAUUGUACCAGAGUGGGCUCUAGAAGACUUCUGCUAAUUACAAUACGUUUGAUUUUAAUACAUGUCAAAGAACAUGGAUAUAUAGAGCUAGAUCAUUCAAAUUUGCUGUUAACAUUGUUGUCCAUCGCCAAAGUUUGUUGAACUAGAGAAAUAAAUCACAUGACAAUUAA